AUGACUGAACCGGUCGUUCGAACCUACCUUCGCAAGCCGUGGAAGCACUCUGCAUCGCCAGUCCACUUGGCCAGCAACGGUCACUUGAUCCAUGCAAUCCACGAAUCUGCCAAAGCCAGCGCUCCAGCGACGCCCAGUCCGCGCCAGGACGAGAUGGACGCGAGUUUCAUUUUGGCGCGAAAAAUUCAAACCCAGAACAGCGUCGCAGAUCCGCUCCUGCUGCUGCUCGACCUGCCGCCAGCGUCUGUAGAGCGACCAGGCACGCCUGUGCCAAUGGCCAGGAGCACUACGACCGAUCCGCUGUGCGCUCAAGUCCAGCCGGGCGAUUUCAGCAGCGAUUCGAGCUGUCAAACCAACACUACCGCCAACUCCGUCGAGCUGGAUUUCCUGAUCGCGUCACCGGGUUCGAGUAGCGAUGAAACAGUAGAUCCAGAGCACAUUCGAGCAACACCGCCUGUCGUGGUGGCAGAGCCGUGUUUUUUGACCACUCCGACACCUCGCUGGCUGCCAACUUUGGAAUUCCCGCCGACGCCUGAUUCGUCGCGCGGAUUGUCGCCGGACUGGUUGGUUUCUGGAGGUCCUACACAGGCGCAAAAUAACCGCCAGACAUAUGCAGCAAAGAAAUCUACAGCUCGUGCCAAGCGGCAGUGGACGGAGCGAUCGCCCGUCUCGCCUCCAAGAAGUCGCGAACAAGUUAAAUCCGGCCAGAUCGAUUGGAGCCCUCCACCAGCUCAGCCAGCCGCACUCCAACUAGACCGCGACGAAUCUCCAGACGUUUUACAGUACAAGCGAAUGCCAAAAAAGCCACGGAUCUCGAACACACCAAUAGACCACUCGCAAGACAAGGAAUACAUGGCGUUUGCGGAAGCAGCCACGAAAAUGUUUGCCGAAAUUGAGCAAACCGAGCUGGAAAUGACUUUUGACGUGUCCGACUGGAUGUCAUGA